UUUGAUCCGAUGGACGCAUCUCAAGUGCCAGUCGUGGCCUUUCUCCCGCGGGUGCGCAACCAAACGGGAGGAAAGAGAACAAGUUGGAUUGAGUGACUGUGCGAGAGAGAGAGAGAGAGAGAGAGAGGGGCGGCAACGACACCCCCGCGAACGACCUUUGUGCCGCUCUAAAAAUCAAAACCCAGUGCUCCCAUCAUCCAAUAUUUAAAAAUUUGUAUUCCUAUGUUGCUGUAAAAAUAAACACCACGACGCAACUCCGAGUGAAUUUGGAAAAUGGGGCAGCCUUCGGUGCCUCCUCCUCCUACGUUGGCCCCACCACCUGCGGCGGCGCUGCCAGGCGGAGGUGGAUGCCAAGUUCGUUGCGCCGGUUGCCGAAUGAUCUUGGCUGUGGGCCCCGGAUUGACGGAGUUUGUUUGCCCUACGUGUCAAUUACCACAGAUGCUGCCGCCGGAGCUGAUGCGGGCCCCACCGCGCACCGUUCCGGCUCAUGGCAUUGAUCCUACGAAGAUCCAGCUACCUUGCGCUCACUGUAAGGCCAUCCUCAACGUUCCUCACGGCCUCUCUCGGUUUGCUUGCCCUCAGUGUGGUGUCGACCUCGCCAUUGAUCUCUCCAAAUCUCAGCAUUUCUUCCCUCCCCCUUCUCGACCGCCGCCACCUGAGGAAGUCAACGAGGUAGCCAUUGAAGUGGAACGGGAAGAAGAUGAAGGUGGCUUGGUGGGAGAAACAUUUACAGACUAUCGCCCUCCCAAAAUAUCUAUUGGUCCUCCCCAUCCGGAUCCUAUAGUGGAGACAUCGUCCUUAUCUGCAGUACAGCCACCUGAACCUACAUAUGAUCUUAAAAUUAAAGAUGAGCUGGAAAGUUCAAAAGUGUUGUCAUGCUUGCAGAUAGAGACAUUGGUGUAUGCAUGUCAGAGACACCUUCAACACCUUCAGAAUGGUGCAAGGGCUGGAUUUUUCAUUGGUGAUGGAGCUGGUGUCGGAAAAGGAAGAACAAUUGCAGGGUUAAUCUGGGAGAAUUGGCACCAUGGGAGGAGGAAAGCAUUGUGGAUUUCUGUUGGUUCAGACUUGAAGUUCGAUGCGAGAAGAGACUUAGAUGACGUCAAUGCGAUGUGUAUUGAAGUGCAUGCUUUGAACAAGCUGCCUUAUUCAAAGCUUGAUUCAAAGUCCGUCGGUGUCAGGGAGGGAGUUGUUUUUAUGACAUAUAGCAGCCUUAUAGCAUCUUCAGAGAAAGGUCGUUCUCGUUUGCAGCAGCUCGUGCAAUGGUGUGGACCAGAAUAUGAUGGUCUUCUCAUAUUUGAUGAGUGUCACAAAGCCAAAAAUUUGGUACCUGAAGCUGGAGGUCAACCAACGCGAACAGGAGAAGCUGUUCUUGAGAUUCAGGCUCGACUUCCCCAAGCUCGUGUUAUUUAUUGCUCAGCAACUGGUGCAUCAGAACCCCGCAAUUUGGGUUAUAUGGUUCGGCUUGGUCUUUGGGGAGCUGGAACGUGUUUCUCUAAUUUCCAUGAAUUUUUAGGUGCUCUUGAAAAAGGAGGUGUUGGAGCACUAGAACUUGUGGCCAUGGACAUGAAAGCAAGGGGAAUGUAUGUAUGUCGUACGCUUAGCUAUGAAGGGGUGGAGUUUGAAGUCAUUGAAGCACCAUUAGAGGCCAAAAUGAUGGAAAUGUAUAUAAAAGCUGCAGAGUUCUGGGCAGAGUUGCGGGUGGAAUUACUAUCAGCAAGUGCAUUUCUUUCGACUGAGAAGCCUAAUUCUAGUCAGCUAUGGCGCUUAUACUGGGCGAACCAUCAGCGUUUCUUUAGACACAUGUGUAUGUCAGCUAAGGUGCCCGCUGUUGUAAGACUUGCCACAAAAGCAUUAGUGGAAAAUAAGUGUGUGGUCAUUGGCCUUCAGAGUACUGGAGAGGCACGGACCGAGGAAGCUGUGACGAAAUAUGGUCUUGAACUUGAUGAUUUUAUUUCGGGGCCUCGUGAGCUGUUGCUUAAAUUUGUUGAAGAAAAUUAUCCUUUACCUGAAAAACCUGAGGUCCUUCCAGGUGAGGAAAGUGUCAAGGAGCUUCAACGAAAAAGGCAUUUAGCAACACCUGGUGUUUCAUUUAAAGGCAGAGUUAGGAAAGUUGCUAAGUGGAGAGCUGCAAGCGAUGCUGAAAGCGAGGACGAAUCUGAAACUGAUUCUGGAAAUGAAUCUACCGAAUCUGAUGAUGAGUUUCAGAUCUGUGAGAUAUGCAAUUCUGAAGAGGAAAGAAAGAAAUUGCUCAAAUGUUCCUGUUGCGGUCAACUGGUACAUCCUGCUUGUUUAGUUCCACCUGUAGUAGAUGCAGUAGCUGUUGAUUGGUCCUGUCAUUCGUGCAAGGAAAAAACUGAUGAAUAUCUCCAUGCAAAACAAGCCUAUGUAGCUGAACUGUUGAAGAGGUAUGAAGGAGCAAUGGAGCGCAAGUUGAAAAUUCUUGAGAUAAUUCGUUCUUUAGAUCUUCCCAACAAUCCAUUGGAUGACAUUAUUGAUCAGCUUGGGGGCCCUGAUAAAGUUGCAGAAAUUACAGGGAGGCGAGGCAUGCUUGUUAGAGCCUCUGGUGGAAAAGGUGUUACUUAUCAGGCGCGGAACACCAAGGAUGUGACCAUGGAAAUGGUCAAUAUGCAUGAGAAGCAGCUCUUCAUGGACGGUAAGAAGCUGGUUGCUAUCAUUUCUGAAGCUGGAUCAGCUGGUGUCUCUUUGCAAGCAGACCGAAGGGCAGUAAAUCAGAAAAGAAGAGUCCAUUUAACUCUGGAAUUACCUUGGAGUGCAGACCGAGCUAUUCAACAAUUUGGAAGAACACAUCGGUCAAAUCAAGCUUCUGCACCUGAGUAUAGGCUACUCUUUACUAAUCUUGGGGGUGAGCGCCGAUUUGCAUCCAUUGUUGCCAAGAGAUUGGAAUCUCUUGGAGCAUUAACGCAGGGAGACCGCAGGGCUGGACCAUCUCUGAGUGCUUACAAUUAUGACAGUGCUUAUGGAAAAAGGGCCCUAAUGGUGAUGUAUAGAGGAAUCAUGGAGCAGGAUGCUUUGCCAGUUCUACCUCCAGGUUGUUCAUCAGAUAAACCAGAUACUAUUCAGGAGUUUAUGAUCAAGGGAAAAGCUGCUCUUGUUUCUGUUGGCAUAGUUAGAGAUACAAGUUGGGGAAAUGGGAAGGACUCAGGAAAGCUUUCUGGUCGUAUAGUUGAUUCAGACAUGCAUGAUGUUGGACGUUUCCUUAAUCGGCUUUUGGGACUGCCCCCUGAAAUCCAAAACAGGCUCUUUGAGUUAUUUGUUAGCAUCCUUGAACUUCUCAUUCAAAAUGCGCGUGUUGAAGGGCAUUUUGAUUCUGGCAUUGUUGACAUGAAAGCCAACAUUAUCGAACAACAAGGGACUCCAAAGACUGUUCAUGUCGAUCAUUUGUCUGGUGCAUCCACUGUACUAUUUACUUUCACUCUGGAUCGUGGUAUCACAUGGGAGUCUGCAUCUGUCUUGCUUGAGGAGAAGCAAAAAGAUGGACUUGGUUCACCUAAUGAUGGAUUCUUUGAAUCUAAGAGGGAAUGGCUGGGAAGGCGGCAUUUUCUUCUAGCAUUUGAAGGUUCUGCCUCUGGGUUGUAUAAGAUAGUCCGUCCUGCUGUGGGGGAGGCACUAAGGGAGAUGCCUCUAGCAGAACUUAAAAACAAGUACAGAAGAAUUUCAGAAUUAGAGAAAGCUCGUAGUGGCUGGGAAGAUGAAUACGAGGUUUCAUCUAAGCAGUGCAUGCAUGGCCCCAAGUGUAAGAUUGGUAGCUUCUGUACGGUUGGCAGAAGACUACAGGAGGUAAAUAUUCUGGGUGGUCUGAUUCUUCCUGUUUGGGGAACUAUUGAGAGGGCCCUUGCUAAGCAGGCCCGCCAAAGUCAUAAACGACUUCGAGUUGUGCGCAUAGAGACUACAACUGAAAAUCAGCGCAUUGUUGGGCUUCUUAUCCCAAAUGCUGCAGUUGAGUCCGUACUUCAAGAUUUAGCUUGGGUUCAAGAUAUUGAUGAUUGAGAUGAAACGACAGCAGUGGACAUUUCUUUCACUGUGAUGACCAGUUUGGUGGCCUUCAGUAUUUUGGCGCUAGGAAAACAGUUCGACCAAGAAAACUCAAGUGUCAGAUUGACACAGGAAAAAAACAUUGUCUUCAUCCAAGGGAAUUGUACAGUCAUACAAAUCCUGAUAUAUAUUUUUGGGAUCCAUUAUCCUUGCUUCAUAAUUUAUUUUUUAUUUUCUGUAAUUAUUAGCAUGAUCAAGUAUGUUGUCCAUCAUGAACGAAUUUGUGCCUGGAAAAGGGAUAUAUGCAGAGUGUCUGCUGAAUACCAAUAACUUGGCAGACACUCCUUAGGCUUACAUACCUUGGCAUGUCGUCGGCGUCCUCUAUCUUAGGUGAUAGCACAGUUGUGUUAUGUUUUAUAAUUGUUAAACC